ACUACUGCAACAUCACCACAUGCCAUGGCCAUGACAUCACCAUCAGCCAUCACCACACAUCAGUGCUGGCCAUGUCACAGUGGGCCCAGUGACAGCAUCACCACGGCCUAGGCCAUCCAAAUGAGGCUGCAUGUCAACACCACCCACAGAGUGGAGGAGAGGAUUGUGGAGAAGGAGCUUGCCCGAGGCUGCGCAGGCACCAGGGUAAGCCAAAGGCUUUUGCUGCCUCUGACACAGCUCACACGCGGCUCUCUCUUCACUCAGGCGUGGUGCACAAGUGGUACGAAACGUCAGCAGCGCUGCGCAGGACACGCUCCGGCCACUCCCCAUCAACCUGUUCUGGAUCCAACAGGGCACAGCCACAAUCUGUCCCCAUGGAUAAAGCAUGCAUGCUGUGUCACCAGACCCAGGCAGAUGCCGACAUCUGUGGGGAAAAGACAAUGAAGUACAAGCUGUGUGUCCACACCUACUGCCAGAUCCUCGCCACUGGGCUUUACCCACAGGAGGACACUGGACACUUUCUCGUGGGGGACACCAGGCGCAUCAUCAGAGAAGCAGCCAACAAGAGCUGCUUCAUCUGCUGCAAGAUGGGGGCAACCAUCACCUGCUGUGAGACAGGCUGCAACCGCACCUUCCACCUCCCCUGUGCCCCACAUGGCCAAUGUGUCACCCAGUACUUCGGGGCCUACAGGUCCUUCUGCUGGGAGCACCGCCCACAGCAGGCACUGCGGCCAUGUCCAAGCCAGGACAACACCUGCACCAUCUGCCUGGACACUGUGGAAGACAACAUCUCCUACAAAACCUUGGGAUGCCCUGCCUGCCAAGACGCCCGCUUCCACCGGCACUGCAUCCAGAGACUGGCUCUGCAUGCUGGCAUUGGCUUCCGAUGCCCACGUUGCCUCAACCAGGAGCCGUUCAUGACAGAAAUGCUCAUCGUGGGGAUCCGACUCUCCAAGAGGUUGGCUUUUCUCCUCCCAGCUCACAAGGCAGCAGGCACAAGCACAGUGCCAACCUAGGGACUGCCCCGGCAGGCCUGGCCGCCUUCUGGCCUGUGCCUCUUGCCUUCAGCUCCACUGAGGACUUGGAAAUGGGACAGGAAGAGGAGCAACGACUGCCAGCAUCUGCCUGAUGUGGGCUCAACUCUUUCCCUUCCUUCUUUGGCAGUCCCCCAUCAUGGCAGGGUGACCAAGAGGUUGGACCCUCAGAUCAGAGG